GUGGCAGUCCUAGUAGUGCACCCUUUGCUUUCAGGCCAGCCAGAAAACUACAAACCCAUGGUAGCAGUGCUGGUCUCACGCCCAGUUGGAUCAGACGCUCUAUUACUGUGGUGUGGUCAAAAGGCUUUGGAAAAGUCCGGUGUUUAAGCGGGUAUUGUAGAUGGAGUGUCAGCUUCUUUGUAUAGGCAAUCAAGCAUACGGACCAGGGCAUGGGUGGCUGAUCUGUUCGGCCUGCUCCCAAAAUUGUCUAGGCUCUACGUUUGGUGACAUGUCUCUAAAUUCUCCGCUACUUUAGAGAGCUGUGGAGUUAAUGAUAGCCGUUUUUCUGUGUCUGAUGGGCCGGGUGAGAGUAGAGGUCUCAAGCGAGGAGAAUGCUCCUCCCAGACACGUCAAAUCCCAUGGUAAGGGGGAUGGGUACACCGGGGGACCAACGCAACCAAGCCGGGCUGCUCCCCGGAGAUUUACCACACCUACUCGGCUAUAAUGAUGCUGGUGGCCACGGCGGUCAGAGGAAGGAAAGUCACCCACCUGGGGAAGACCAUUCUAGCAGGUUUGGGACGUUCUAGGUGUGUGAUACAACCAUCGCCUAGAUAACACACACAGCCCAUGGUGUGGCCUGGUGGCAGGCAAAGCGGAGGCCAUCAUCGUCGUCGGUCCAAUGGAAACGCUUAAGGUGGGCAAAGCUCCUAGUUAGAUAUAAAACAUGACACAUUGUAACAACUGGCCAAGAUAAUAUACAUAGAACAUUAAUAUUUUAUCACAGCCAAAUCACUAUUCUGAACAUCCCUUCCCCCGUCUCCUCCAUCUCUCUAUCCCGGUCUUCUCAAGCUCUCUCCUCUCCAGCUUUCACCUCUCGUCCUUCUCGCUCUCGUCACUCCUCAUGCAUCUCUCUCUCCAGGUGAAGUUUAUUCAUGACCAGUGUUCUAUUAACCCUCGCUACAAAGGAUUCUUCCAUAAAAUCCGAGAGAUCAUCAAAAACUAGGGUGAGAGUGACGGACAAACAGACCUGUGAUCAUCAAUCAUGUACCGUACAUCAAGUCAUUUAGCAGACACUCCCAUUUGUUCCAGGGGUGUAUUCACCAAGAACCAAAACAGAACCAAACCGCAGCAAACUGAAUGAAACGGGGGGGACUUACCUAUGCAAUAAUUCUGUUCAUUGACUAUAGUUCAGCAUUCAACACCAUAGUACCCUGGGUUUGAACCCCACCCUGUGCAAUUAAGUCCUGGACUUCCUGACGGGCCGCCUCCAGGUGGUGAAGGUAGGAAAUAACACCUCCACUUCGCUCAUCCUCAACACUGGGGCCCCUCAAGGGUGCGUGCUCAGCCCCCUCCCGUACUCCCUGUUCACCCAUGACUCAAUCAUCAAGUUUGCAGACGACACAACAAUAGUAGUAGGCUUGAUUACCAACAACGACGAGACAGCCUACAGGGAGGUGGUGAGGUCUCGGAGUGUGGUGCCAGGAAAAUAACCUCUCACUCAACGUCAACAAAACAAAAAGGAGAUGAUCGUGGACUUCAGGAAACAGCAGAGUGUGCACCCCCUAUCUACAACGACGGGAUCGCAGUGGAGAAGGUGGAAAACUUCAAGUUCCUCGGCAUACACAUCAUGGACAAACUGAAAUGGUACACCCACACAGACAGUGUGGUGAAGAAGGCCUAAAACCCUGACAAAUUUUAGAUGCACAAUUGAGAGCAUCCUGUCGGGCUGUAUCACCACCUGGUACGGCUACUGCACCGCCCGCAACCGCAGAGCUCUCCAGAGGAUGGUGCAGUCUGCCCAAUGCAUCACUGGGGGCAAACUACCUGCCUUCCAGGACAACUACAGCACCCGAUGUCACAGAAAGGCCAAAAAGAUCAUCAAGGACAACAACCACCCGAGCCACUGCCUGUUCACCCUGCUAUCAUUCAGAAGGCAGUCAGUACAGGUGCAUCAAAGCUGGGACCAAGAGACUGAAAAACAGCUUCUAUCUCAAGGCCAUCAGACUGUUAAAUAGCCAUCACUAGCCCAGAGAGGCUUCUGCCUAAAUACAUUGCUCUUCCAUAUAUUUAUAUAUUCUUAAUUCCAUUCCUUAGUUGUGUUUAUUGGGUAUAUGUUGUGAAAUUGUUAGAUAUUACUACACUGUCAGCGCUAGAAACACAAGCAUUUCGCUACACCCGCAAUAACGGCUGCUAAACACAUGUAUGUGACCAAUAAGAUUUGACACACACACAGGGACAGAGCGAGCACUGUGUGUGUGUUUAGGAAUUUGUAGGAUUUUCCGGUGUGUGCGAUACAGAAGAGGCUUGAUAAUGCAAGCUAGCCACCUAACGUUAGCAAACCUAAUGCAUAGCUGGAGCCCUGAGCUGGAGACAAUGUAUUUGGAUAGUAACUAAUAGUUACACAAUAUUUAGCAGGCAAACAGUAGUUGUGAAUUUCAAGUGUAACUUGAUCAACUCUAGUGCUGCUCAACAGUGGAUCGUCAUGUUUGUUCUGUGUGCUUUUUGUAAAACAAUCAUACCAUGUGACUGGCUCAAUUGAAUUUAUGAAAAAAAAUAAUAAUAAUGAUAUACCACAGAAGCCUCACGUAGGGGUUGGAGGCCCACCGGUACAGCAGCACGAUGGACUGUGCCUUCCAGAUCCUCAAGAACGAAGGACCACAGUCAUGGACGACAUCGACGCUAUGUUCAGUGACUUGUUGGGGGAGAUGGAUCUCCUCACCCAGAGUCUUGGGGUUGAAACGCUGCCCCCAGAGCCACCUUCUAGCUCAAGCAGAGAAAUGAACUUCUCCAUGGGCUUCGCUGAUAUGAACGUCGAAUCCCUGAAUGAAUUGGAGGAAAAUGACUUGGACGCACUGAUGGCUGAUUUGAUGGCCGACCUCAAUGAUACAGAGGAGAAGCUGGCGGCGGAGCUAGGAGGGAAGAAAGAGGCUGAAGCGCCGCACCCGGACCUACCUCCCGCCCAGCAUGGGCUCAGCUUCUACCCAGUCCCCUCACUCUCCACCCCCACCUCGCCUGAGAGGGGCCCCAACACCUUUAGCGCCCCACUAGCUGACUCCCCCGCACCCAUUCACUCGCAACCUACGCUUCCACAGCAUGCUAAGCCCUCCAUGGAAGAAAUAGAGGCACAAAUGAAAGCAGACAAAAUCAAACUGGCAUUGGAGAAGCUGAAAGAGGCCAAAGUCAAAAAGCUGGUGGUGAAGGUAGUGAUGCAUGACGGUAGCUCCAAGACACUGAUGGUGGAUGAGAGACAGACAGUGAGGGAUGUUCUGGACAACCUGUUUGAGAAGACCCACUGUGACUGCAACGUGGACUGGAGCCUGUCAGAGACCAACCCCGAGCUGCAGCUUGAAAGGGGUUUUGAAGAUCACGAGAACCUAGUAGACCCACUGUCUGCAUGGACAAGAGACAGUGAAAACAAAGUUAUCUUCCAAGAGAGACCAGACAAAUAUGAAGUCUUCAAAAACCCUCAGAACUUUUAUCUGUGGAAGAAGGACAAGAAAACUAUCAAAGACAUGAAAGACAGAGACAAGGAGUUACUCGUGGAGGAGAACUUCUGUGGGACCUCCAUCAUCGUGCCUGACUUAGAGGGGGUGCUCUAUCUCAGGGAGGAUGGCAAGAAGUCGUGGAAACAGCGGCUCUUCCUGCUGCGGGCCUCUGGAAUUUAUUAUGUACCCAAAGGGAAGAGCAAGACAUCUCGUGACCUGGUGUGUUUCGUCCAGUUCGACAAUGUAAAUGUGUACUAUGGCAAAGAGUUCAAAAACAAAUACAAGGCUCCAACAGAUUUCUGUUUUGUUCUGAAGCACCCCCAGAUCCAGAAAGAGUCUCAGUAUAUUAAGUAUCUGUGCUGUGAUGACGCCUGGACCAUGAAUCUCUGGGUGACGGGGAUACGCAUCGCAAAGUAUGGGAAGUCUCUGUACGAAAACUACAAAACGUCGAUGAAGAAGGCUGCCGUCACCACUGCAUGGACCAACCGCACCGCCGCUACCGCAGCUACAACGUCCACUCCGUCAACACCUUCCCCUACCACGAAAGCCAAAGCUUCUGGUCAGGCCAAUGGACAUGCUCCCCAGCCCCCUGCAGAACCUGUGGCCAAGGUUGGCAAUGCACCGCCUCCACCACCACCCCUGUUACCUACACAGAUCCUACCCCCGCCACCCCCUGACCCAGUGCUGCCCCCACCACCACCGCCCCUGACUACCAAGAGAAGCCCACCAGCAACCUCUGUCUCACGACAACUGCCCACCCUGCCCACCAGCUUCCCUCCAUCACCGACAUCCAUGGCCAACCUCCCUCCACCACCUCCAUCUCUCUCUCAGGACGACAGCUCUGAGUCACCUCCAGACUUCCUCCCUCCCCCACCUCCAACUCUUGGAUUCGGUCCAGGUGCCGGCUCGUUACCCCCUCCACCUCCAGUCAGCUUACCACCACCACCACCACCGGACCCAGGCUUUCCUCUACCACCUCCACCACCUGAUCCUGCCUUCUGCCCUGUGACCAACAGGGGUUCCUUACCAGCGCCUCCGCCUCGCCAGUCCUAUAUAGGGGCUGGAGCACCCCCGCCUCCACCUCCGCCCCCACCUGCCUCGGCAGGGUUACAAUCGACCCCGUCUGUGAGGAGAACAGGCCCCCCUCCACCCAAGAGGACUACACCACCGCUAGCAGCGCCCGGGGGCGGGGACUUCAUGUCAGAACUAGCCAAGGCUAUGGCUAAGAAACGUGGCAAUCAGUAAACAGGGGAUUGGUGCACACACUCAACCCUUACAUUCUGGAAAAUCAACCACCGGUGACAGUAGUUGAAACAGACUUUUAAAGCAAAGAGUAUUACAGAUCUGAUUUAAGAACAGCAACUACUUUAUCUUUACUGAACUGUAAGUGAUAAAUUAGUUGGGAAGAUAUUUGUUUGUGAAUCAGAGUGGCUUUUACAUCAAAGAGAUUUAUUAGACUACUGUGUAAAGUGCAAGAUUGAAAAAUAUUCAUGUUAGUCACCAACUGAGGGGCAGAAGGAGGCUCAAGGUUAGAGAAGCCGGCCAGUAAGUGUUUUGCUGGUUCGAAUCCGUUGGCCGACAAGGAAAAUCUGGCGGGAGUCGGCAACCAGUUGGAGUUGAUCUUGACAAAGUUUGUUGCAGUUGAUCCAAUGACUUUAUGUACUGUACAUACUGUAACUAGUUCUGCAUUUCGGUGGAGGCUUAUGUUUAAAUAAUGUAUAAAUACAUAUUUCUCAAUAAGAUCAUUUUACUCCGAGAACAGACAUGUUUCCAAUCUUCUCUCGUCUGAAUAAAUAUAUUAUACAGUACUGCAAA